AUGGUGGGGUGGUGGAAAAACAACAGAGAAGUGAGACUACUGGUGCACCUACUGCUCCCACUCUGUCUUCAUUGGACAGCUGAAGAGAUGACUCAUUCAGUUCUUGUAGAUGUAACUACUAAUGCUCUUUGUCCAGCCCAAUCCACCUGCCCUCAAGCCAUCUAUCUCAAUGGUCUUCAGCAAACCACUGUUGGAAUCUUCAAAAUGGUGGUUCUUCCAGUUUUAGGUCAACUUUCAGAUGAUCAUGGUCGAAAGCCAUUUCUUCUUUUUACAGUAUCUACUAGCAUUUUUCCUUUCACUUUGAUCGUCAUCAAUAAGUCAAAGGGCUUUGUGUAUGCUUAUUAUGUUCUUCGCACAAUUAAUUUGAUCUUUACUCAAGGAAGUAUCUACUGCAUUACUGCUGCUUACAUUGCAGAUGUUGUUGACGACAACACGAAGGCUGCAAGUUUUAGCUGGAUGAUGGGCCUCUUUUCUACCUCCCAUGUCCUGGGAAAUGCUCUUGCUCGUUUUCUUCCCGGGGCUUAUAUUUUUCUGGUUUCUGUAGUCCUGUUGAUCUUUUCUCCUGUUUAUAUGGCAAUCUAUCUGUCUGAGACUGUAACACCAGCUCCAAAAGCAGACCAGCGUUUGCCAUAUUUUAAGGCGGCGUAUAAGAUUGUUCAAGAGCAAUACAACUCAAUGAGAUAUGCAGCUAAUGUUGUCAUUAGCAGCCCAACACUGAAGUGCAUUUCACUUGCUUUGUUCUGCUACGAAUUGGGGAUGUCUGGCGUCAACAGCACCCUACUGUAUUAUCUGAAGGCGGCUUUUGGUUUUGACAAAAAUCAAUUUUCAGAAAUUCUGAUGGUGGUUGGAGUAGGUUCGAUCAUUUCCCAGUUGUUGGUGCUUCCCAUCAUAACUCCUUUGGUUGGAGAGCACGUUGUCCUCUGUGCAGCUUGCAUUUCGUCUGCAGUAUAUGCGUUGCUUUAUGGCUUAGCAUGGGCUCCAUGGGUACCGUACUUCACUGCUUCUUUAGGAGUUGUUAACGUCCUUGUGAAGCCUUCUAGUUUUGCUCUCAUAUCAAAAGCGGCAAGUUCAACUGAUCAGGGAAAGGCACAAGGAUUUAUUUUAGCCGUGCAGUCUAUUGCAAUUUUGUUGUCGCCACUAGCGAUGACACCACUGACCAAUUUAUUUCUGUCAAAAAAUGCACCAUUUGACUGCAAGGGUUUCAGCUUCGUAUGUGCAUCAUUUGCUGUGGCUAUUUCACUUUGUUUUGCUUCGAUGCUAAAGCCAAAUACUUCAAAUCAACCCUCCGAGGUUGAUGCAGAAAAUGUUGAAGCGCCUUUCUUGUCCUAG